GGCUCUCACCGCGCCCCUUCCGCCGGUGCCGCUGCCCGGAGCGGGUCCCUGUGGGUGCCCGGAGCGGGGCCGGCUCCCCAGCAGCCUCUCGGCCCCGCCAUGGCUCUGUGCUGCGUUCUGAGGCCGCCGCGCUGCCGCCUCCGCCCGCCGCCGCUCGCCCUGCGCUGUCACCGCAGCCCGGUGACAACCACAGCGACACCGUGGGCACGGAAGGAAAAGGCCAGGGUGAGCUGCAGCCCGCCAGAGCCUUCCUGGGAGGAGAGGUUAGCAAAUGCAGUGACACCACUGUGGAGACUUCCCUACCAAGAGCAGCUGCAGGUGAAGUAUGAAAGCCAGAGGAAGAUUUUGCAGACGCUGGCAUCUCGUCUUGAGGAGCUGGGCAUAGAUGCACAGAAACCUGGUGGGCUCUGCUGUCCUCUGCAGCCUGUAGUCCCUUCGCCCAUCAUUAAUGGCUACCGAAACAAAUCGACUUUCUCUGUGAACCGAGGACCAGAUGGGAACCCCAAAACUGUGGGGUUGUAUGUAGGAACUGGCAGAGAAAGGAAUAUUGUCUGUGUGAAAGCCAACCAUAUGGAGAACAUACCCUCCAAACAUAAACAAGUAGCCCAGUGCUAUGAGGAGUUCAUCUGUCAAUCCCCCCUGGAUUCCUGCAUCCUCUUCCACGAAGGUGGGCACUGGCGAGAGCUCGUGGUUCGUACCACCCGCUGUGGCCACACCAUGGCCAUCAUCACCUUCCACCCGCAGCAGCUGGGCCAGGAGGCGCUGGCUACUCAGAAAGCGUUGCUGAAGGAGUUCUUCACAAGUGGGCCUGGAGCAGUCUGUGCCUUGACUUCACUUUAUUUCCAAGAGAGCACCAUGACACGCUGCUCCCACGAGCAGUCCCCCUACCAGCUCCUCCACGGAGCACCGCACAUCUUCGAGGAGCUGCUCGGCCUCAGGUUCCGCAUCUCUCCAGACGCCUUCUUCCAGGUCAACACGGCUGGGGCAGAAGUUCUGUACCAGGCAGUCGGGGAGCUCUGCCAGGCUGCUGGGGACACUGUCCUCCUUGACAUCUGCUGUGGAACAGGCACAAUUGGUCUCUCUCUGGCUCACCAAGUGUCCAAGGUUAUUGGUGUCGAGGUGGUGGAGAAGGCAAUAGAGGAUGCUGAGUGGAAUGCAGCAUUCAAUGGGAUCUCAAACUGUGAGUUUCACAGUGGAAAGGCAGAGGCUGUGUUACCACAGCUCCUGGCAUCGUGGGAGGAUGCCCGACCGCUUGUUGCUGUGGUGAACCCUUCUCGGGCUGGCCUACACUACAGGGUCGUUCGAGCCAUCCGGAACUGCAGGGCCAUCCGCAGGCUGCUCUACAUCUCCUGCAAGCCAGAGGGGGAAGCCAUGAGGAACUUCCUCGAGCUGUGCUGCCCACCUGACCCACGGAAGAAGCUGGCAGGGGAGCCAUUUGCCCCUGUGCUGGCUAUUCCUUUUGACAUGUUUCCUCACACUGUUCAUUGUGAGCUGGUGCUGCUGUUCACCCGCUGACAAGGAGGCAGGAAUGAGCUCUGAGAGCUUGGGAAGCAACCUCCUCCUGUCCUGAAGAGCCAAUGUAGUUAGGAUUUUAACUUAUUUUCUGUGAAGUUGUAUAAAAAUAAAUAAUUUUGGUUUUUCUCUUACUUUGGGUUGCCUAGCACCAUUGUUCUGUAAAGAACUACUUGGACUCCUGGGGUGAAAAGGUUCUCUGUAGCAUUUCAUCACCCUUCCUUCCCCUGCAAACCUUGGGCUGCUGGUUAAAGCGUCCGGAAAAGACUCCCUGUGUUGAGGAAUCUGUAGCUCGGUGUUCGAGCUGCAAGUUGUGCCCUGGGUAGGAGCCCCAGGCAAGGAGUUGUGAAUGGGCGCUGACCUUGUGCCUAACAAAGGACACGGGACUUCCAGCCCUGCCUUCUCACCCACAGACUCUGCACAAACCAAUGAACAAUGAGAAGACACCAGACUCCAAUUUUCCACUGGUCAGAGCUGUUGUGGGAGAUUUAGGCUGGAAGAGUAUGAAAGCCCAGGGAUUCCUUUGUUGGGGUCCCUGCCCGGAGGAGGCACCAGCCAAUGAGAUUUUUCUAUAAAACUAAAUAAAGAGAACAGAUUUCAGUGUCUCUCUUUUCACAUCUGCUUCCCCCUUCUCCACUAAUGAUUCCUGAUGCCUAAAUAUGAAGUGCCCUGAGAAAAUG